UUCUACCGCACCAAUGCGUUCCGUCUAGUGUAUCGUACAGCCUACGCGUGAUUACGUCACGACGAAUCGGCAAAAAUCUUUACAUUUCUACUACUCAACGGUGUAGUUCGUUCGUACGCAUUGGUAAUGGAAGUAGGAAGGUGAUGAAAUGCGGUCCGACGCAGUUGGCAUUCCAAUCACUCAAUUUCUCCUGCACUGAAUCCAUGAGGGAAUAUUUUCUCCUUGGGAGUCACAUACUGCGUACAAUUGCAAAGACUGUCAGCUGGGGCAUGAUUGGACAUCCUACAAUGGGCACAAUUCAACUGAUUACUGUAUGGUUUAUCGGAAUAGCGGCAACAAGCGUGGUGAAUGUUGCUGCUAGGUUCCCUGGCCUCGGCAUCACCCGGAAGCAGCCGAACAUCAUCGUAAUCCAACCCGAUGAUUUCAGGUAUUUCGAGGACUGGGGUCCACCGGCACCGUUCGAGGGAUCUUUUAUUACACAAUUUCCUCCAAAUUCCAACCAGCUACCAAACAUAAGUCGCCUCAAGAGAGAUGGCCUCACAAUGACUAGCGCAUAUGCUGCUGCUACCAUGUGUGGUACUUCCAGAUAUAGUACUAUGACAGGCCGCUACCCUUCGCGAUCGUCGUUGGGAAGGGCCUAUGAUAGAAACUCAGGAAUGCGAGACGUCUCCAACCCUGCCACCAAACUCGACGACAUUGAAGGGCUUUCAGAUGGAAACGAUUGCUCCGAGAACAACAUCGCAGCAUUGUUGCAGCGAAACGGCUACCGCACAGGCAUUAGCGGGAAAUGGCACCUGACCGAGGACGAUCGGGGGCGAUACAACUACGAGAGAAUCCAAGAAGAGGUCAGAAAUUGUGGUUUUGAUUUUGCCGAGGCAAUUUACAAGGAAAACAUGGAUGGAAAUUGGAACGGUGAUGCUGGGCACAACAUGGAACACGUUACGUCAGAGGCUAUUAAAUUCAUCGAAAGUGCGGUUGUAGAGGACGAGAAACCAUUCUUUCUGUACUUCAAUCCCACAGUCCCACAUCCGUCUUCGGACGUGAUUGAAGACCUCGAAUCCGCGGAUUGCCGAGAGACCAUAGGGGGGACACUCUCCCAACCUCCGGUGAUUCCGUACGGAAUGACGGCGAACUUUGGGGGAAAUUGUAGAGCAUAUCGCCAGAGCGUGCUGGCCCGUGGUGGGAACGACAGUUAUUUGGCGGGCGCUGUUUGGGUGGACGAUGCAGUUGGUUCGUUGAUUCAAACCCUUGAAAGCUUAGAUAUUCUCGAGAAUACAUUUAUAUUGUUCCAGAUGGAUCACGGACAACAAAAGGGAAACCUGUACGAAAUCGGAAGCCGGAUUGCACAGUUUAUUCACUACCCCGACCGCAUCACUGCUGGUUCAACCUUCGACAACGUAGUCUCAACCAUCGACGUCGCACCGACCAUUGCUGAUGUAGCUGGUGUAUCGUUUGAUGCUUACCCAAUGGAUGGGAAGUCAUGGAUGUCAGACGAGGUUAACAACGAUAGGUGUAUCUUCGUUGAGCUGCAGUUUGAUCGUUCUGUCCGGUGCGGGUGUUACAAAUUCAUCUCGAUUGCAAACCUGAAUGAUGGAAGACAUAUGAUCAAUGCUGAUUCUAUAGGGGCGUCGGUUGACUUCAACAAUUAUUACAAUCUUUGCAACGAGGAGACAGGUGAAUACAUCAAGGCCCCCGAGAUUACUUCAGAAUGGCGUUCUACGAUCACGAACGAAGCAAUCAGGAAUGGGCUCCAGGAAAAACUCAUAUGCCACAUGAGCAGAACGGAUCCAACACGAGAUCCUGAUUACAGCAACAAUGAAUGCGACGAAUCAAUGGUCUUGCCUGAGACUACCCUGAGACCUACCCUGAGACCGACGUCACCUCCGAUUCCUACUAACAAUUUACCUACCAGUCCGUGGGGCGACUCCAUCUAUCAACAACCCGUUACUACUAGCCCAACGAAUAAACCAACAAAGAUCCCAACGAAUAAUCCAACACCGCGGCCCUCGCCACUCCCCAGUGUUCGACCUGUCACGGACGAGCCAACCAAUUCCCUCAUUGAUAGCUUUGAUGACGAAUCAUUGAAUAUCACCGAUAUAGAGGCAUUCAUCGAGUACCUCGAAGAUUGUUCCGAUGACCAAAACUAUCUUUAUAAUGAAAUAGAUGGUCAGAACUGUCGAUGGGUAAUCACGAACGACAGAUGUGAUCAGGACGAUCCCGAAACUGAGUUGCACAUUGGAAGAAACUUCUGUCAGAGGAGUUGUUCCUUCUGUUCCAAAUACGACGACGAUUGUUCCGACAAUAAUUACUUUACAUGGUAUGGUCAAGAAGGAAAAAACUGUACUUGGAUCGCGGAAAACGAACGCUGCGAUAGAGUGCGGAACGACUUCAAUGGUACGACGCUAGUGGUGGGGGAUCACUACUGUCCAGAGAGCUGUGGAUACUGUUCUACGGAGUCCAGCCCACAAAAGUAAGCAAAAUUACAAAAUAUUGGAAUUGUACCCUCCAACCAAAAUCCAAAUCCUUUUUCCCGCUACUGUUAGAUGCCCAUCCAUCAACAUGAUGGCUAUACGUUCCGUAUACUUGUUUUCUAUCAAGAAUAAGCUAGUGCUAAAUUU